UGUGAAUCUGUCACAACAUAACACCGAGCGUAGCUAUUUGUUUCGAUUGUUCCGUGCAAAAGCAUUCUACCAAUUCACUGCUCCACAAUAAACGAUGGCCAGCCGUGAAGCCGUUCGCCGUGCUAUACAGAAUGUACGUCCGAUCUUAUCUGCCGACCGGGAAGAGGCCCGCAAGCGUGUUCUGAACCUGUACAAGGCCUGGUACCGUCAGAUUCCGUACAUUGUGAUGGACUACGACAUACCUAAAUCGGUGGAACAAUGCCGAGAGAAAUUGCGGGAGGAGUUUCUUAAACAACGUAAUGUUACUGAUAUUCGGGUGAUUGAUAUGCUUGUAAUUAAGGGACAAAUGGAACUGCAAGAGUCCGUUGCGAUCUGGAAACAGAAGGGACACAUAAUGCGUUACUGGCAGGAAUCAUGCGAACCAAAACCUACGGAUUUUCUGUCCAAAUUUUUGACAGGACACAACUGAACGUAAGUCCUGUAUUGUAAUUAUUUAAAUAGUUUGAAUAAAGUGAAAAGUAAAUCGGAAUUCGUCACCCUGCAAAAA